AUGGCGUCCUAUCAGUAUGAACGCCCUGACCUUAACUGGCCACAUAGACAAAACUUCAUCCAGGACGCCGAUCUUCCCGAUCCGGACAAGCUCGAAUUCCAAUAUAGUCCAAGCUAUCCAUGCCCAGCGGAGAUGGUGCAGAACAUCCAUCUGGCAAUUGAGCUUCUGUAUCUCAGGAACGACUUUUGGAACGACUUGCAGCUCGUUGUCUAUAACUUGGGCCAAAUCGUCAAAGUUAGAAGGGUGUUCUAUGAUCAAAAUUCCUCCCAGAAUGUUUUCGGACCGUGGGUUGUGGGACAAGUUACGCGGUCGGGCCUACAGGACUCAAUCCUUGGGCUCAGCGCGGCCUGGUACGAAGUCCAGUGGCAGCCGGCGCCCAAUACAUUCGACAGCAUGAUCGUGUUUCCUGGCUUAGGGGAGACUUGGGACAAUAGCCCGUAUACAGUUCCUCGCAUAACUGCAGACCAGGCGAUGGAUAUGAUGAAGGCCUUGACCGAAGUGAUUGUGCCAGAGUUGGUCAGAGAUCGCACAAGAGAUGAAUGGCAUUGGGAGUGGACGCCCGCAACUGUCGUUUCUAGCCUCGAGGACCCAAACAUUCAAGUCUUUUUCCAAGGAGACACCGCGGCAGCCAAGAGACACAACCAUACCGUCCGGGAAACUCCUCUCACCUCUACCGCAGACGCCCAUGUUAUAUCCAGAGUUCCUCUCGGGAACGAAGUAUAUCUCCGUCAUGUGCAAGAACAAGGACAGUUCCGACCCCCAACACGAGAAUCACAACCCCUACUACCUCAAUCUCCGGCGAUUCAUGUGAUUUGGGUAGCUCCCAUGACCCGGGAAUCCUGUUCUGGCGCGACAGGUAUCCACCAAAUGGGCUCCAGCGUUGAAGCCAUAGUGAAGGAGUUAUGCAUGGGUCGGCUGCGUGAGGUUUCAGAAGUUGGGACGGGGCUGGGCCCGGUGUUAUAUGGGUUGCUCUUCUAA